UGCAGCAGUCAUACAUAUACCCUGUGGAUAUUACUUAAUUUAGCCAUGGCUUUGGAAGAUAUUUGUGGUUUCACAGACACCCCUGUGCAUGCCAAGUGGUUUCCUACCUCUCCUUUUGAAGAUUCAAUCUCAUCUAUUCAUUUAACAGACAAUUACACCUUUGGAUUGAGGAAACCAAAGAAAUCUGAGGGAAAUGGUGGGAUCCCGAUGGAUUUUUUUAUUCCAACUUUACCUAACUCUGCAUCUUUCAACCACAGGCCUUUACCUUCUCCACCAGCAAAAUAUUCAGCGAUGGUCCGUAGGCCUUUUCCACUGUCUCACGGAACAACUACCCUUGGAUUUGUCUUCCAAGGUGGGGUCAUCGCAGCUGCAGACACACGUGCCAGUGCUGGGGGGCUUGUUGCAUGCCCAGCUGUUCAUAAGAUAACUCCAAUUCAUUCCCAUUUAGUGGUCACCUCCUCUGGGAGUGGUGCAGACUGCAUGCUGUGGGAGAGAAUUCUGACCAGAGAGAUCAGACUCUACCAACUGCGGCACAGACGUCGCCUUUCAAUAUGUGGCACUGCUAAGCUCCUAUCUUUUAUGCUGCAUCCCUUUAAAGGAACUGAAGUGUGUGUUGCUCUUACACUGUGUGGCUGGGAUAAGGGAGUUACUGCAUCCACUAACAGUGGUCCAAAGUUAAUAUAUGUGUGCAGUGAUGGAGCCCGACUGCAGGGGGAUGUCUUUUCUGUGGGUUCAGGCUCUCCUUAUGCUUAUGGAGUCCUGGAUAGAGGGUUGAGGUGGUGUCUAAGUAAAGAAGAGGCCAUCUCUUUGGCAAGAGAAGCAGUAUUCAGGGCCACUCACAGGGAUGCAUACUCAGGGAACAACGUGGACCUCUUUCACAUCACAGCUCAGGGAUGGAGCCGAAGAGCGAGAGAGGAUCUGAAAGAGGAAUAUUAUAGAGACAUGAAAAGGAGAGAGAAGGUAGCAGAGGAAAGAAAAAGACUAAUCAAAUAAGCUGCUUCAGGAUAAUGAGGAAAAGUGGUGCUUAUAUGAGGUAAUAUAGAAAUAGUGUAGAAUCAGAUCAUUGUUUGAGUUUAUUUAGCCUACUUUUAACAGCUUUCUAGAAUAGUGUUAGGAUCACAAUUCCUUAAUAGACAUAAAAGUUCAAAUUGUUGUAAUCCUGAGCCGUUAUUUUAGUUUGUCAAA